UCCUCAGGAACCAGCAUAUCAGAUGAUCUGAGCAGCAUCAUUGUAGGCCUUGUGCAGGUUAUCGCGACAUCUGUGGGUUCUCUCCUGAUCGACCGAGCCGGCAGGAAAUUCUUGCUGAGUUUUUCUGCUUUUACCAUGUCACUUUCCAUUGUCAGUCUCGGCAUCUUCUUUUACAUCAAGUCAACGAACGAAUCCUAUGCCCAAGAAUAUCUAGGUUGGCUUCCCCUGACUUCACUCAUGGUCUUCAUCUCUGCCUUUUCCAUUGGUUAUGGCCCUAUUCCGUGGGUCAUGAUGGGCGAGUUGUUUUACCCAAACGUGAAAGAGGCAGCGGGAAGUAUGGCGACGACUCUCAACUGGACCUUCGUGUUUAUUGUGACCUUCGUCUUCAGUCCUCUCCAGGACGCCAUCCACGACUACGGCGUGUACUGGCUGUUCGGCGGACUGUGCGCCGUCAACUUCCUCUUCUGCGUCCUUUUCGUCCCCGAGACCAAGGGCAGGACGCUGCAGGAGACCAUGGCGCACUUUGGAGGCCCAGCGGCGUGAAUGUGGCCAAGGAUAUAUAUAUAUAUAUUUUUUUUUUUUUUUCGAUCUUUCAAUCUUUCGAAUUCUCUAUCUCUAUAUCUUUCUCUCUCUCUCUCUCUCUCU